CAUAAGCUAAAGUAUUCAUCCACCAAAUUAAGAAACAAACAAACACACACCUUUCUACACCCGCUACUCAAAGAAGAGAGAGAGAGAUGGCAACCUCGGGUACAUAUGUGACGGAGGUUCCACUGAAAGGAUCAGCGGAGAAACAUUACAAGCGCUGGAGGAGUGAGAACCACCUCUUCCCGGACGCCGUCGGCCACCACAUCCAAGGUGUCACCAUCCACGACGGCGAAUGGGACUCUCAUGGAGCUAUCAAGAUUUGGAACUACACCUGCGAUGGGAAAGAGGAGGUGUUCAAGGAGAGGAGAGAGAUAGACGAUGAGAACAUGGCGGUAACGUUCAGAGGACUGGAAGGUCACGUGAUGGAGCAGCUCAAAGUGUAUGACGUCAUCUUUCAGUUCAUCCAGAAGUCGCCUGAAGACAUCAUCUGCAAGGUCACUAUGAUCUGGGAGAAGCAAAACGAUGACAUGCCUGAGCCCAGCAACUACAUGAAGUUCGUCAAGAGCCUCGCUGCUGACAUGGACGAUCACGUUCUCAAAACCUGAAUCCCUUUCACAGUUUCAUCAUCUUCAUCAUCAAUCAUCAAUCAUCAUCUUCAUCGUCAAUCAUCAAUCAUCAUCUUCAUCUUCUUUUGUUUUCGUGUAUCAUGUAUCUUUGUAUGGUGUCUUCGAUACAAAUAAAUGGCGGUUCGCAUAUGUAUGGUUUCAUCUACUGUUGUUGUAAUAUGCUUUGAUGUUGUUCAGUAUGGUCGAGGUUUCAUGUAUGUUCAUCAUCUAUAAAUGUAUCCAUGUUAAUUAAUUAAUGAUUUUAAAGAGUAA